GUUCAGGGGGCCGGGGAACACCAAAGAAAGGGGAUUUUCGGAGGCUCGGGGCUCUGCUGACUGUCAGUUUAAAAAAUGAAAGUAAUAUACAAGGGGCAAAGUGGCAUUUAUCAUUCCAUCUCUCCAGGCUCCUGUCUCUUUAAUCAGCUUGAUUUGCCCAGCAAAUGAUUCCUGAGUGUGUGUGUGUGUGUGUGUGUGUGCCUGCGCGCGCGUGUUGUAGCUCUGUCAAUCCUUGGAUUAGAACCAAUGAUUGCAGCUUGUAGGAGGGCUGUCCAGGGCCAGAUUGUACAAUGUGCCUCAGUGCCAGAGUAUGAGUGGAGAUAAUUACGGAGAAGUCAGACUCUCUCUCGCCCUCAGCUUCCUUGUUGUGUCCUUCAGCAAAACAGUGGAUUUAAAUCUCCUCGGACUAGCUUGAGAGCAACACAAUCUAUCAGGAGGAAAAAAAGAGAGAGGGAGAAAAAAACCGAUCCUGACAAAAAAGAAGAAAAAGAAGAAAAAAUAUGAAAACCAUCCAGGCAAAAAUGCACAAUUCUAUCUCGUGGGCAAUCUUCACUGGGCUGGCGGCUCUGUGCCUCUUCCAAGGAGUGCCGGUGCGUAGCGGAGAUGCCACCUUUCCCAAAGCUAUGGACAACGUGACGGUCAGGCAGGGGGAGAGCGCCACCCUCAGGUGCACAAUUGACAACCGAGUCACCCGGGUGGCCUGGCUAAACCGCAGCACCAUCCUCUAUGCUGGAAAUGACAAGUGGUGCCUAGAUCCUCGUGUGGUCCUCCUGAGUAACACCCAGACCCAGUACAGCAUUGAGAUCCAGAAUGUGGAUGUGUAUGAUGAGGGCCCUUAUACCUGCUCGGUGCAGACAGACAACCACCCUAAGACCUCCAGGGUCCACCUCAUUGUACAAGUAUCUCCCAAAAUUGUAGAGAUUUCUUCAGAUAUCUCCAUUAACGAAGGGAACAACAUCAGCCUCACUUGCAUAGCCACAGGUAGACCGGAGCCUACAGUAACCUGGAGACAUAUUUCUCCCAAAGCUGUCGGCUUUGUGAGUGAGGAUGAGUACCUGGAGAUCCAGGGCAUCACUCGGGAGCAGUCAGGCGAGUACGAGUGCAGCGCCUCCAACGACGUGGCGGCACCAGUGGUACGAAGAGUGAAGGUCACCGUGAACUAUCCACCAUACAUCUCAGAAGCUAAGGGUACAGGUGUCCCCGUGGGGCAGAAAGGAACUCUGCAGUGUGAAGCCUCGGCAGUCCCUUCAGCAGAAUUCCAGUGGUUCAAGGAUGACAAAAGACUGGUCGAAGGGAAGAAGGGAGUCAAAGUGGAAAACAGACCUUUCCUUUCAAAGCUCACCUUUUUCAACGUCUCUGAACAUGACUACGGGAACUACACGUGUGUGGCCUCCAACAAGUUGGGCCACACCAAUGCCAGCAUCAUGCUAUUUGAACUAAAUGAGCCUACAAGCUCAACUUUGUUGCAAGAAGUGAAAACUACAGCCCUGACCCCUUGGAAAGGCCCGGGUGCUGUCAGUGAGGUCAACAAUGGGACGUCUAGGAGGGCAGGCUGCAUUUGGCUCCUCCCUCUUCUGGUCUUACACCUGCUCCUCAAAUUUUGAUGUGAGUGCCCCUUCCCUGCUGGGGAGAGCUGCUGCCACCGCAUCUCAAUACAACAGCACUGCAAAAUGAAGCAACAAGUCAGAAUCAAAUGAAAUUCAGAGAAUCACAGCCAAUGAGACAGAAAUUCAAGGGAGGGGGACAAAGCAUAUUGUGGUAAAGGGGAAAAAAUGUUUUAAAAAGGAAAUUUGAAAAUUGCCUUGCAGAUAUUUCGGUACCGCUGAGUUUUCUUUCUUUUCCCAAAUGGGAAGAAGGCACACCUAGCUUGGGCCCACCCACAAGUUGCACUGUGUGACCUCUCUGUUGCCAGGGUGGGCAAGGGCACAGCCACUCUGCCCACUAAAGUGCCCCACCAAGGAACAUUCUGGAGUCGGCCAUCCCAAAUUUCAUCGGUUUAUAGACACAAGCACAGAGUGAGAAAGAGGGGCCUAGAUGUGCCACGGAGGGCCCUUUCGUGGGCUGCGUGACGGUGGCGUGUGUCAUGAAGUGUGGAAUCUGAAGAAAAAAAACAAAAGAAAAAGGAAAGAAAGAAAGAAAGAAAGAAAGAAAGAAGACAGCCCGACAGCACCAUAACCCCACAAGCAACAGUCACAAAAGAUACCUUUAAGCUUUGGUUUUUUUUCAUUUGACCACAUGGACAUCAUGGAUAAUAAGGGAUUCUGAUUCAUUAUUCAUUUUAUUAAUUAUAUUUUCUGAUAUGAGUCUAGAACUUAGGGCAAAAACAAGAGACAAAACUAAAAAUACACAGGCAAGGGUGAAGGGAAGUGUGUUUAUUAAGUAUUAAAAGCAAAUAGUGUAUACUUCUUACCUAAGUUUACAACUGGUGGACCCUACACCAGGCACCAGCCACCUGGUGAGGAUUUGGCAAAUCCACCAGAAACACAUGUGAUUUAACAAACACCUCCACCAGCGUUACAGACUCCUCCUCAUCUCUUGCAGACAGUAUUAUGCUAUCUAUACAAUACUUAGACACGAAAGGUUGGUCUGCACUCUAUCUUGGUUUGUUGGCUAUGCUUCUUUUGAUGACAUAUAUUAUACAGUAUAUAUAUAUACAUAUAUUUUUUUUGUUAGAGUUCUAGCCAUUUUUUUUCUCAGCAGGGUCCUUCUCAGACAUUACUGCAUGCUGUAUAUGGCGUUAGCUGUGUGUUGAUCUUCUAAAAGAUGAUAGAGUUUACCGGUAAUUGUGUAAUCAGCUCCUUCCUUUUUUUUUUUUUUUCCUUGGGUUAUUUACAUGUCAGAGACAUUUCUACAAAGCAGAAAGGACAACAGAAACAAUGACUAAUACCAGGCGCAGCAUCUUUCCAGGUGUGGCUCUCUGAGGAGGAGGCCGCCUGCUUGGCUUCUCCAUCACACCUUGGGGCAUUAACGGACAGCAAGCAACUGAAACAACUAAACCAACAGUAAUCACUUGCUUUAGCCCAUUGUGGGAAUCCCUGAUGCCUUUGUGACUACUGGAGAACUUAAUCCUCUUGGUUUAUUUUAUUUAAUUUUUCACCUUCGUGUGAGUGUGUAUGAAAGAGAAGAAAAAUGCAGUUUUUAGGUAACCAUUUUUUUCCUCCCCUGAAGUCUGGGGACCAGAGAGGCCUCGGGGAGGGGUCCUGGAUGUGAUGAGGGAAACUGGGAUUGGGGGAUAGGGGAGGGAUGGGUUGUCUCUGACUUGACAUUAAAAAGUGUUCCAUGUCCCUCUUCA